CCUCACUCUCACACCUUCGAAGCCAAAACAGCAGCGAGAGGAUGGCUUUAGCGACAGCGGCCAUCACCGCCGCUCUCUCCUCCCUCUCCCUCCGCCCUCCUCUUCACCGCGGCGGCCUCUGCCUCAAGCCCCUCUGUGCCACCCUGCUCCCUUCCUCCUCCUCCUUCCGCGCCCGAACCCUCCCCAAAUUGGCCGCCACGGCCGACAUCGACACCUCCUUCUUCGACAACGUCGACCCCAACGACGACAUCCCCUUCGACCCCCCGGCCCCGCCGGAAGGCUACGUUGCCCCACCCUCCUUCGACGAGCUUCCCCCCGAGUCCGAGGAGGAGGUCGCCGCCGCCUACGAGGAGAUCUACGGCGCCGCCUACAGCGGCGAGUCCGUGCUCGGGAACGACAUCUACGUCAUGGACGGAAAGGUCAAGAAAUCCAGCGGCCUCCUCGGCCGGAAGAAGCGGGACAGGCCCAACGAUGGGUUCGAGGAGCGGGUCGUCCAGGUGAGGAGGGUCACCAAGGUCGUCAAGGGCGGCAAGAAGCUUUCUUUUCGUGCCAUCGUGGUGGUGGGGGACAAGAAGGGGCAGGUUGGCGUCGGGGUCGGGAAGGCCAAGGAGGUGGUCGACGCUAUCGCCAAGUCCGCAGGGAACGCCCGUAGGAACAUCGUGUCGGUGCCCAUGACCAAAUACUUGACCUUCCCUCACAGAUGUGAUGGAGAUUAUGGAGCAGCAAAAGUCAUGCUGAGACCUGCUUCACCUGGUACUGGUGUCAUUGCUGGUGGAGCUGUCAGGAUUGUGUUGGAGAUGGCUGGUGUAGAGAAUGCUCUGGGGAAGCAACUAGGGAGUAAAAAUGCCCUUAACAAUGCAAGAGCAACUGUUGCCGCUGUCCAGAGGAUGAGGCAGUUCCGAGAUGUCGCUCGUGAGCGUGGAAUCCCAAUGGAAGAAUUGUGGCAGUGAACCAAACCCAAAGGCUGUUUCUGCUAAAUCUGUUUGACAGUUCUGUUGACUCUUUUCAUUUGGAAAAAAAUUGCAAAAUUUACCCUUA